GCCCAGCCCAUUUGAAUAUCUUACAAAUAUAUACGGACGCUGUACAUUUCUCUUUCCAUUCUUCGUUUCCCACAAACAAGUCGCGAAACCCACACAAACGCAAUGGCAGAUGAGGACUACGACAUGGACGGGGGAUACGAAGAUGAGCCAAUUGAACCGGAACCCGAUGAAGGUGUAGAGUUGGAAGAAGAGAACAAUGAAGAUGCUCCAGAUGACAUUGUAGGCGAAGGCGAAGAGAAACAGGAGGACGAACCCGUUGAACGCCCUCGGAAAACGUCCAAGUAUAUGACCAAAUACGAGCGUGCAAGGAUUUUGGGUACGCGGGCGUUGCAGAUAAGCAUGAAUGCUCCAGUGAUGGUUGAGUUGGAGGGCGAAACGGAUCCACUUGAGAUUGCAAUGAAGGAGCUGCGAGAGCGAAAGAUACCAUUCACUAUUCGCCGUUACCUCCCUGAUGGAAGGUAUCAUUCCCUCUAUUUACUCAAAUUCCUGCUGCUGCUUCUCUUAGUCUUCUUGUGGAAAUAUUGUUGUCGUUAUAUUUGCACUGUUUUCAGCUUCUGUUUAAGCUCAAAAUUCGCAAAAUUAGCUUGAAAAUUAUCUGAGUAAAUGCAAAUUUUGUUUUUGUAGAUUAUUUAGCAUAUGCAGGUUUAGUUUUUAAUGAUUUUUCCUAGUGCUUGAAUCAUACUUUUUCAAAACUAAUAUGAAGUUUACUGAGAUAACUCUCUUCAUUGUAUGAUAAUAAUGAUUACUAGUUCAUGGAUAAAAACCCAGAUGCUAUUAUACUCUGAAUCUCUGAUGCAUUUGACAUAUUUUUCAGAAAAAAGAUCCAAGGACCAGAUUCUUCUCGACUGGGAAACUCGGCUAGGAAUUGUAAUUGGUGCUGCGACUGGUAUUGCUCAUAUCCAUGCACAAUGUGACGGGAAGCUUGUCCAUGGAAAUAUAAAAGCCUCGAACAUUUUCCUGAACUCACAACAAUAUGGUUGUGUGUCCGAUCUUGGCUUAGCAACAUUGGUAACUCCGAUUGGACCUCCAGUCAUGAGGACUGCAGGGUACCGCGUCCCAGAAACCAUAAACACCAGGAAAGUGUCGCAAGCUUCUGAUGUCUACAGCUUCGGGAUUGUGAUUCUUGAACUUCUCACCGGGAAAUCCCCUUCCCGAGCUGGAGUCUUAAACUUGGUCAAAUGGGUUCGUUCAAUUGUUCACAAGGAGGGGACUACUAAAGUAUUUGAUUCAGAACUGCUGCAUUUUCCUGAUAAAGAGGAAGAGAUGGUGAAUAUGUUGCAAAUCGCGCUCAGUUGUGUGGCUAGGAAGCCAGAGCAGAGACCUAAAAUGCUUGCUAUAGUGACAAUGGUAAAGAAUAUUCGAAGGACCAAUGCUGGAAGUUACUCAUCUUCUUGAUUUAACAUUACAUAUUCGAUUGCUCUCUCUUACGAAAUGAAAUUCCCAAGCCUUGGUCUGCUUA